UGGCGGACAAAAAAUUACCAGUUUUUGUUUAGAUUUGUAAAACGCUUGCUCUAGACUUCAAUCAUAAAGCGAUCGAUUAAAUUCACUUACAAAAUGCAGUCGGAAAAUGGGAAGGACAGAUCUACCAAAAAGAAGAAAGGAAAAACAUGGGCAGAAGCUGCUAAAAUAGUCCUAGAACAGUAUGAAGUACCAAUGAGCUAUAAAGAAAUACUAAAAGUUAUUCAGCAAGAAAAUCUGAAGGAUAUAAGUGGCACGACCCCUCUAGCUUGCCUGAAUGCAAGUCUGUAUGCCAACUGUAGGGGAACAGACUCAUUGUUCUACAAAGUUGCAGGACGUAUUGGUGUCUAUGGAAUGAUGAAUGACCUUCCCACUGGGGCUUCCCUACUGGAAGUGGAAGAGGAGCAACAAGACAUUAUAAGCCUGGACCCUGACAGUGACAUGUCAGACCUACACCACAACAGGGAGAAGUCUAAAGACAAGAAGAGAGAUAAAGUUAUGUAUGUGAAUCUGCCUAAAGGUUAUAAAACAAUCCCACCCACAGAUAGCAUCAUCCAGCCAAGUAGUACUGAAGUAACUAUCUCCCAACCCAAUGGAGAAGCCACCCUUGUACAGGUUGUUGACCCAUCUCUAGCUAAAGUACAGAUACGAAAGCCAUUAAGACAUAAAAAGCGUAAAAAAGCAAAGAAACGCCACAAAAAGAAACCAAUUCCUAAGAUUACAAUCAAACCUAUCUUACCUCCUAGAUCUGAAAUUGAUACCAGUGAUGCUCAAUCUAACAGUGAAAGUUCACGCAGUUCCCCAUUGUGUGUGGGUCCAAGCGCUAGUACCAGUACAACUAACAGUAACUCUACCUCCACUGCACCAAAGACUCAAACUUUACGAGAAAUGCUAUCAUCAAUUCCUGGCUUCAGUAUGAAGCCAAGGAAACGUUCCCACAAGAAGCUCAGUCCCCAAGCUCAACUUGAACAAACCAAAGAAGGCUGCGUAGAUCUGGAGACUCCCGACUCCAUUCUCACACAUACCAACCUUAGAGAUCUGAUCAACAAAGACACAUUUGCUUGCCUUCCUGCUGCCUACCAAUAUAAGCUGCUCCAGUUGUUGCCUGAUUGUGACAGAGUAAUUGAGACCAAUGUAGUCAGCCUUGGCCUCACUGCCCUCAAUAACGAGUUCUUUGCUAAGGCUUGUCACGAGUGGAGACAGCGCCUCUCAGAAGGUGAGUUCACACCUGAGAAUCAGAUUCGGAUCAAGCAGGAGGAGGAGAAAGAGCAACAGAAACUCGACCCUUGGAAAGUUAAACAUUUUGAAACAACCUGGGGUGAAAAGCCUUCAGUUAAAUCUCCAGAGAUAUCAAUGAGUAUGCCAUUGUUGACUACAGCCCUGUCCUCAGUUCCAGCCUCAUCUUUAGUACACAAGACUAAACCUACUGGGAAAACUGUAGCUACUAUGCUGAAACAACGCCACCUAAGCACUAGGAUACGAUCUGGGACCCUUGCUCUAUCUCAUUCUAGACAUGUCUCUUCAGGCCCUGUGUUGGAAUCCAAACCAAAAUCAAAUGAGUCCUUGUUGAAACCCAGUGCAUUCAAACAAGUUCCUAAAAUCGAAGAUGAAUCAAAGCCUCUGAUAAUUAAUCCAGUCUCAAGUUCAACGAUUUCAGCAUCAAGUUUAACAAGUACAAUUUCAAAACUGCAGGAUUCUAUUAACAAAGGUGCCAUGAGUAACAAAAUUGAGGGUUCUACAUUGAAAGCUGUCUCUGCUCCUGACACUGCCCCAGAGAGUAACAAGAGUCUCCUUCAGCAAUUAAAGAGACCCCUUCAAAUAGCGACAAUUGACAUAUCACCCACAAAGAAACCAAAAAUCUCACCCAAAAUUUCUCCGGUUAAAUUAUUGAAUAAACUCUCACCUGCAGUGAUGGUUAAUCCACCACAACGAUUGAAAACUGUGGCUCAGAUUAAGGCACAGAUGGCUGCUCAACAGGCCUCCACUAGCUCUACUAAGGUCCCUGGUGGGCAGACAAGAACACUUGCCAGUAUAAAGGCCCGUACAGCUGCCCAGAAGCUCCAACAUGGUAGCCCUGUUGCUAAGCCUGUGGGUCAGACAAGAACAUUAGCUCAGAUCAAGGCUCAGACUAAAGCCAAGCUUCAGGCCCGGAAUGAAGCCCUGAAUGCAGACAAGGGGAAACACAGACCUAAUAUAAUCACUCCUAGAAUAAAGAAAGUGUGCACUGAUACAAAUAACGAUGGAAUUAACAUGCAACGAUCCUUGGAGAUUUGCCAGGCUGCAAUGGGGAAAACAAAAAUGUUGUCAUUAUUGAAUAAAUCCAGUAGUGAUAGUGGAGAGACAAGCAGCACUGUUACUACUGUAACAAGUCCGAUUUCUCCCACUCAGGCUAAACCUGUUACCCCCAAGCCUGUUAUAUCAGCCCCUCCUGCCACACAGGUGCUACAAUUGAGCUCUAUUCCCUCGGUAUCAUCCCCAGUUGCUUCAACUGUUCAACAGUCGAGUAAUGGACCAUUAAAAGUUGUGCUAUCUCAGCCUGUUGCCCAAGUGAGCACUGUACGUCCACAUACACCCAUCUUAGCCUCACAGCUCCAACAGGUGACCACCACCCCUGUACCAGCUGUAAUCAACACAGGAACCCCCAUACUGGUCACCCCUCUCACUGCAGGAGGUAUGGCAACUAUCCCAACCAUCCCCGCCAUACAGGCAGCCACUGCCUCCCCACCCAACCCUGUUCUAUCUAACACAGUGCAACAAAUUCAGAAUCUCCCUCCUGGAUCUAAUGUUAUAGUGCAACAGGACCAAAAUAAUCUUGGACAGAACCAUUUUUUAUCAUAUUCCAAAAAUAACAUCUCUGGUUCAACGUUGGUAACGGAUGACAAUCCGAAAGUGAAAAUUGAGACUAAAGAAGCUACAGGAGGUCACGGCCCCCCAAGAGCUUCAAGUGCACCACCUAUUAAACAUAUUACAUUGGUGAGCACAGGCAAAGAUACUGGAGUAUAUAGGAUUAGUAUAUCACAAUCCCCAGUGAAAAUCAUAAAAACUGAAGCUGAUAUUGAGCCGAUAAAGAGAUGUACAUCUGUACCAGCUACUAAGACUUCUAUAGUUGUUACUGCCCCAGACUGUAAACCUACUGUGAAAUUAGAACCAAAAUCAGUGUCAACAAUUUCCAGUAUUUUAGAUUCUGUUCCAAAACUGCGUCAACAACUGAAUGCUGGUAUUAAAAUGGCCCCUCAAGGCUUAAUGGGGCCACCUACUAGACAAGCUAUCCAGAGUUUACGCCCCUCUCAUGUUCAAGGGAUCACAGGAGAACAGCUGAAUAAGAUAACACCACAGAAUCAGAACAGUUGUGCCUGCAGCUUGAAAGCGUUAGUAAUGUGUAAGAAAUGUGGUGCAUUCUGCCACGAUGACUGUAUAGGUCCGAGUAAACUGUGUGUGACUUGUCUAAUGGUGUCUGCCCCUACCUAGAUCACCAUGGCACUUGGAUCUCACUAUUACUAUGUCAUUAAUGUAAGUCUGAUCAGUGCAAUUUCAUUGAAAUUAAUGUAACAUAAAAGUUUUGAACAUUUUAGCAGAGCCAAGCAAGUUUUAUUUGAACAAUUAAGGAUAGUAUUCCAUACCUGCCAACCACUUUGGAGUUUAAUAAAAAAAAGAUAUCAUAAUAAGAGAUUGAUUCAAGAAAAUUGGCAGGAUUAAGUUAUAAAUGAAUAGUAAAAUAAAAAUCAGAAUCACCUUGGAGAUGCCCCAAAAACAAGAAAUCUAUUUAAAUUGGGAGUUGACAGGCAGGUAUGAAAUUCUGUGCUCAGUGGGAUUAAAGUGAAUUUUAAGAGGGUGUAAAUAUGAGAGAAGCCUGAUAUGAGCUAAGAGAAUAUGUACAAAGUUAGUUGAAUAUGUGUGUUAAAUUGGCAACAGGGUUGUAGUAUACAAUUUUCAGUUAAUUAAGAUCAUGGUUUUGUAUGCUAGGUUUGGCAUCAGCACUGGCCCAUUAAGAUGAUUUACAGGGAGUUGUUGUCCAAACCUGCUGAUAAUUCAUAAUCAUAUAAUGCAUAUAGUCCUUGGAAAAUAAAAUAGUUUUUAGUUUUUACUUCAAAACAAAAUCAAAAUAUACCUGUCAGCAUCAGAUGUAAAUUUUAAUAUGUAUUCUUGAUAUGUUUCAGUUUGUUAUUUAUUUUUUUAUCACUGUUAUUUCUGCAGCCACUAAUUAUAUGGUAGGCCAAUAUCAAUAUCAUCACAAAAUCAACAGCAGAACUGUCGAUAUAAAUUUUAAUUUAUUUUGUGAAGUGGAUUGUCUGACAUUUGUUCAAUAUCAGAUUUAUAUUUAUAAAUACAUGUAUCUCCAUUUAUUUAGGAUCCUGGAAUGAUAUGGAUCUUUAAGUCAAAAUGUCUCAAAAGUACAUCUUGUAUCUCACAAAUAAAAUAAUAAAAGAUUAGUUACAAUUCCAAUAUUUAUCCCAGAAUAGUGUCGCUCAAGUUUUUUGGAAAUUCAAUUAAAUGUGUUGCUGCUGGCAGGCUGGAGAUAUCCUGUAAUUAGGUCACUGAUACUACACGAUAUCAGUUAUGUAUCUCUCAAAUUUCAGUUUUAUAUGUUCUUAAAUAUCUCAAAUUGCUGAAGGAAACAAUGCUUGGAAUGAUGAGUGCCUUAUUCCCAUUAUAUUACAAUACAACUGUACAAUGUUGUACAAUCAUAUAAAUAUUCUGGAACAAGAACAAAAAUUAUGUAUUUGUACUUUUGUGUCAGUGUAAGGUGUGAACCCAUGUUUAAUUAAUUCAAAUUGUGCAAUAUACCAUACAUGUACUAGUAUGUGAAAUAAUCUGACAGGGAAAGAUGCAAAUAUUUGUUAUUUUAAUUGUAUAUUUAAAGUGCCAGAAUGAUCUUAAAUGUAAAAGAGUUGUUUACCAAAUUAAAAAAUAUAAACUUUUCUUUGAAUAUUGAAAGUAUCUCAAGAGAUCUGUUAAUACAUAUUUAUACAGAAAAUAAAGUGCCAUUUGAUAUACCCUGGUAUUGUAACACAUUGCUUGUCCAUGACACUAAAACCUAAUUUGCAUAAAUCUUGUGACAAAUAUCUAUCUAUCACAUUGAGUUCCCAUGUUUUUUUAUUUGUCAUGCCUUAAGAAUAUCUGUAAUGGCUUUUAAAAGGUUAAGCCUAAAAUGCAAUUUCUGUACAAGUUUUCAAGCAUUUUCAGUCUAAUAUGAAACUACUUAACUAAUCUUGUAGUAGUUUGACAACUGGAUAACCUGAUGGGAGAAGUUAAAUUAUCAGGCUGCAAUUGAUAGAAAAAUACCUAAAUCUAAGUGUUGUAUGUUAAGGGAUGUUGGUUAGAAAGAGAAAUAAAAGAAUAUUGGUGAAGAUAUAAUAAAUAA